CUGCAGAACUGCUCCAUGAAGUUUGGCUCCUGGACCUAUGAUGGCUCACAGGUUGACAUCCUCCUGGAGUACUUCCAUGUAGAUAAGAGGGACUACUUUGACAAUGGUGAAUGGGAGAUAGUGAAAGCAACAGGCAGCCGUGGUCUGAGGAUGGACGGUCCCUGCCACAUCCCCUUCAUCACCUACUCCUUUAUCAUCCGUAGACUGCCGCUCUUCUACACCCUCUUCCUCAUUAUCCCCUGUAUCGGCCUUUCCUUCCUCACCAUCCUGGUCUUCUACCUGCCCUCCAACGGCGGGGAGAAGAUCUCCCUGUGCACCUCUGUGCUGGUGUCCCUCACCGUCUUCCUCCUCGUGAUCGAGGAGAUUAUUCCGUCCUCCUCCAAGGUCAUCCCUCUUAUCGGGGAGUACCUGGUGUUCACCAUGAUCUUUGUCACGCUCUCAAUUGUCAUCACCGUCUUCUCUAUCAACAUCCACCACCGCUCCUCAUCCACGCACCAAGGCAUGGCGCCAUGGGUGCACCGUAUCUUCCUGCACAGGCUGCCUAAGCUGCUGUGUAUGCGCAGCCACGUGGACCGCUAUGCUACCCCAGACGAGGCCAGGGAAGGACUGACAGGGAGAGAGUGGGCAGGACUGGCAAGAAGAGAGGGGGUAGUAGGGGCCAUUACGAAGGGUUCUUCACCAGAGUCCACCCCUCAUCUCUCCUCUAGGAAUAACCUGCAGGCUGCUUUGGACUCUAUCCGCUACAUCACCAUGCAUGUGGUCAAGGAGAACGAGGUCAGAGAGGUGGUGCAGGACUGGAAGUUUGUGGCUCAAGUUCUGGAUCGUGUGUUCCUGUGGACCUUUCUCCUGGUCUCAGUACUGGGCUCUGCUCUGCUCUUCAUCCCUGUCAUCUACAAAUGGGCAAACAUCAUCGUCCCCAACCAUGCAGGCGGCAGCGGAUAAGACUAAACUGAGACUAAGUGCACUGAGCACAAUAAUUUCAGAGACACUACAGUCAGUGCAGAU